AUGUGUUUCGGUAUUCAGUCGGCUCCCCGCGCCUUGAUCCAGUGGUCCGCUACCCCGGUGGCUGCGCGUUCCUGGCCGUUUUUUUCGUUCAUCGUGUGUGUUCUGCCCCGAGUGGAGCGUGCCUUUUUUUGGGCCCGUCGUCUUGUGUUACCGUGUGUGGAUACCCGUUCGUUGCUCGGAUAUUUUUCGCGGUCAGUGUGUGUUUCGCGAGUGUGUGUAUGGAAUAACUCACCCCUGCUUAUGUUCGGACGAAUCUCGCGAUGACUCAAAGGCCGGAGAGCGGUGUGAAACGGACGAUGCCUCGUCUGGGCUAACGGUGCCGAGUUCCCGGAGCCGGGCGUUAGCGUUAUUUAUGUGGAAAGAUGUGAACAAAGUGCAAUCGAAACUGGAUCUCGAUGGGACGCUUCGGCUCGAGCAACACGCCGACGGGGGUCGCCAAACCGCUUUUCCGCGUCCACUACCGAAAACUGGUCGAGGACCAGCCGCAGCCGACGCCGCCGCCGAUCAGCCACGACACCGCCAACAGCCUCCAAAGGCCGGCCAUCCCGCCGGAGUGCAUGGCCUACUACUGCCAGCGAUGUGGCUACAAACAGAAUUUGAAGACGGAAGAGCUGAACUCGAUAGUGGAGAAUGCGUUUCGGAUGGCGUACGCAGCUCAUCUGCAGAGGCAUCCCAACUUCCGCGACGUCAUCGCUUCUCAAUUAGAGGAGAAACACUUACAGAGGAUGAAUCUAUAUUCAGGCGACGCUCCACUCAGCCCGCUGACGGUGGACCCGUUGACUAGCGGGGGCUCGCCGACGCUCCUGGCCCACAGCAAACCCUUCCCGGAGCCGAGUCUGAGGGCGUACAGUCACAGCAGUCACAACAACAACCGAACAGGGCUGGAGCCGAACCAAAGCCUCCUGUACAGCGAGGAGAACAACUCUCCGACGGCGCUGAACACGGACAAGAGCAUGGAGGAUAAACCGCCGCUCAUGAAGCGGAUAGCGAUGAGCCUCAACCCAAAGACGAUGCCCGACGACGAGGAUUCGCCCCUAGUCCAAAGAAAUCCAGUCACUGGCCGAGAGUCCAGGUCGUCCACCCACCCCCUCAUUGAUCUAGAUGUUAUCAAACAACUUAAUUUAGAUAAUAGUUUAAAUCUAAGUCCUAGCGUUCCGAGCGAGUCUGACUUGAAGCUGAAAAGGGUAUCUCCGAUCAGCCGAAGUAGCUCAAGUUCAGUUUCCAUCGUAGGAAACAAAGUACCAGUUCCUCCUCCCCCUCCUGAACGAUUUGAUAGUCUAUCAUGUAAGGUACAUGAAGAAUUAAAGGCUGCACCUUGGUUUCAGGCUGGCAUACCUAGGGAAAUUACAUUGGAAGUAUUAGGCCAGGAGCCUAUCGGUUCGUUCAUCGUCCGAGAGAGCACGACGAAGCCAGGAUGUUUCGCCUUGUCACUGCGAGUGCCGAAAGAUUUCCAGAACUCAGGGAUCGCCCACUACCUUAUUAUGAGAACAAACAAGGGAUAUAAAAUCAAAGGUUUCACGAAGGAAUUCAGCUCGCUAACAGCGUUAAUAACCCACCACUCGGUUAUGCCUGAGCUUCUGCCUUGCCCCCUCUCCCUGAGUCGUCAUAAUCCUAGUCCAGCGAAAGACGAAGACGGGAACAAAGAUUUUGCAGACAUCGACACGGAACCCGAUGAGAACACCCUUGCCAAUUUCAGGAAAAUGAUGGCCGAUUUGAAUGUCUGAACCACCUUGACCCUUCUCUUCGAGAAAUUUUUAGGUUUUGAAGAUGAGAAAGCAUACCGUGCGCGUAAAAUAAUUGGCUUAGAGAAGGCAGUUCGUGCUCCGAGAAAGAAAAAUAAAAAUAAAAGAAAAGAGAGAGGAAAAACGGUCAAUUUGUCAAUUAGCCCGUUGGUCACCAAUUAUAAAAUUUUCUAGCAGCAGAAAAAAAUAUUGUGAAAUUACCAAGAAUCCUCGUUAUUUUGUAACCACUUGAAAUUUCUGGUAUUUUACCCCUCUGUUCCCCCUUUGAACUAAAAAAUUACAAUUAUUCAAUGUAAAUUAAUUUAAGACAUUCUCUGUAUCCGUUAUGGAGUUCUUCAACCUGCAGCUUUGCUAGAAACACGCGCUUAUAUUUUUGAUAAGAUAAAAUUGAGCCACAUUCAAGAAACUUAUUGCAUUUCUGGAUUCAGAGAUGCAGACAGUAUUCCUCUCAGCCUCAAAGAAGGUUUUGUCCAGGUCCUUGUUCUUCAAAAUUAAGUUUGCAAAUUAUCUGAUUGGACGCGCAUCUAUCAAGACCACGGGUUAAAAUGACACUGAAGAAUGAAAUAUUCGACAGAAAGGGUCGUUGUAUGCAUUUUUUAAUUUUAACUAGUCACUUUAACAUUUUUGUAAUCCCUACCAAACUCUUAUUAUGUUUUAUUUGUCUAGGUAGAAAACUAAUUUUAUAAGCAGGUGAUGUUUCUUUGCCUUACCUAAAAUAAAGAUUUCUAAAUGCA